GAAUGAUAUUGAGGUCAACCUACGUCACUUCCUAUCUUAAAAAUUUCCACUCCUAGCGGUACCGGUACAAGACAAACGUCAAGUUUACUCACUACAUACAUUGAAAAUGUCUCUUCCUCAAUGCUUCUUCGAUAUUGAAAUUGGAGGGAAACCUGCUGGUCGUAUCACGAUGGAACUAAGAUCAGACGUUGUUCCAAAAACAGCUGAAAACUUCCGCGCAUUGUGCACCGGCGAGAAAGGUUUUGGCUACAAGGGCUCCAAAUUCCACAGAGUCAUCCCAAGCUUCAUGUGCCAAGGUGGUGACUUCACCAACCACAACGGCACUGGUGGCAAAAGCAUCUACGGGAACAAAUUCGAAGACGAGAAUUUCGCCCUUAAACAUACAGGAGCCGGAGUUCUAUCCAUGGCCAACGCUGGACCAAACACUAAUGGUUCACAAUUCUUCUUGUGCACCAUCAAGACCGACUGGCUCGAUGGAAAACACGUUGUUUUUGGUAAUGUUAUUGAUGGUAUGGACGUUGUUAAAAAGAUUGAGGCAGAAGGUUCUUCUUCUGGAUCAGUCAAGUCCCCUGUCACCAUCGCUAAUAGUGGUCAACUGAAAUAG